AGUGAAUGGUGGGUGUGCAAAUGCCAAAUAACCUGGUCACCUAAAAAGAAACGAGUAUAGCAGAGUUUAAAUCCUUUUUCACGUAGUCUCGUAUCAAUCACCGAUUAGCAACAUGGCUGCACCCGUUAGUAAGAUCCGUAAGUUCGUCGCGGAUGGUGUGUUCUACGCCGAGUUAAACGAGAUGCUCACACGUGAGUUGUCUGAGGACGGUUACUCUGGAGUUGAGGUGCGUGUCACCCCCUCCAAGACUGAGGUCAUCAUCCGUGCCACCCGCACCCAGAACGUUCUAGGAGAGAAGGGACGUCGUGUACGCGAGUUGACCGCUGCCGUGCAGAAGCGUUUCGGCUUCGAGGAGGAUGCCAUCGCCCUUUACGCCGAGAAGGUCGACCGUCGUGGUCUGUGCGCCAUCGCUCAGUGUGAGUCUCUGCGCUACAAGCUGUUGGGCGGUCUAGCCGUGCGCCGUGCGUGCUACGGAGUUCUGCGCUACAUCAUGGAGAGUGGUGCCAAGGGUUGUGAGGUGGUUGUGUCCGGUAAACUCCGUGCCCAGCGAGCCAAGUCCAUGAAGUUCGUGGAUGGCCUUAUGAUUCACUCCGGUCAGCCCAAGAAGACCUUUGUUGAUGUCGCCGUGCGUCACGUACUGCUGCGUCAGGGUGUGCUUGGUAUCAAGGUCAAGAUUAUGUUGCCCCACGAUGCUCAGGGCAAGAUGGGACCCAAGACCAACCUUCCCGAUGUUGUAACCAUUCUUGAGCCUAAGGAGGAGGCUGUCCCCAGCCAACCCACCAGCGAGCACAAAAACGUCCCCACCCCAGCACCAGAGGCCCAGGCCCCGCCCGCCGAGGAACAAGCACAGCAGGAGCCCGUUAUGGCUUAAAGCACAAGUGAUGAGUACUUCUGUGAGCUAUUAAAUAAUUAAGAAUAUGUAAUUGUGUCGUUGAUGGUGGUUCUGCCUGUGUUGUGGUUUUUUAGUAUGGGUGGGUGGUGUUAUUUAAGGUACUGCUUUAACUAUUGAGUAGGGUUGUUCUCUAUUGACGGCUGUGUUCACAUGCGAGUGUUGUUCAUAUACACCUGUACAUGCACACGUACUUCAACUCGUGACAGUCUGUGGAGGUUUUGUAUAAAGUGCUUAUGCUUCUCAUGCAGAGUUAUAUAUAUGGCUACUGUAGCGGCGUGACAAGAGCUAUAUUUGCUUCUAUUGUAUUAAUAGCGCUGGAUAUUCGGAGUGAUGACAAACUUUGCUCUGAUCAUAUGACUUGAUUUAUAUAGCAAUGUAUUCGUACUGCCUGACCGAUAUAUCACACUGCACUGUACGCCAUGUGUUUCCUAAAAACCUUAUGAUGGGUAUGGAUAUGCCGUUGUGGUAGGUUGAAUCCCAGAGCACACAGCAAUUUGUAUAUGGAAUAGAAAGAAGAGUAGUAUCUCAUGCAUUAACCAAUAAACGGUAUUGAUUCAAGCUG